AUGUUGUUGAUCAGACUACUGGCUAUCGUCCUCGUCCUCAUCAAUAACAGGUGGCUGCUAAACCCGGUUCGCUCCGAUGCCCUUCGCCGGCACAAACGCGCCAUGGUCCGGCGGGCAGACAGUGAGCUUUCCCGGCUAGCAGGUGAACCCUGCACCGGCUCCGGUAGCUGGAUGUCCCGGCGGCAGCCCCGUUCCCUCUCCUCGUCCCAACACCGCCCUCCAGCGGCCCUUCCGCGGACGCACACCAGCCGGAGAGUGCCGUACAGUAUUACGAGCACUCCCGCGGUUUGUCCGGGAGGGUGCAGGUCUGACACCGGGGUGCACCGGGUCGCUCACUGGGGGGAGGAGAUGGGAGGCUGGGGCGACCCAGAGGAUUUGGCGCUGACAGGGGAGGAUGGAUAUGAUGCGUUUCCAAGAGGUCCCUAUGAGACACACUCCACAAAUGACAGGAGAGACUCAAAGUAUGUUAGUGCAGAGUCCACGCAACGACCCGGGACGUCCUCCCUCAAAGACCCCGGGCAGAGGGCGUCUUCAGCGGGACUCACGCAGCCCCUCAGCGGCUCCCACUCCAGAUUUGUCCGCAGUCUCGGCGGGGCGGCUCGGGACGCGCUAGAGCGCAACACCAGCUGGAAGGGAGUUUUCCCCGACACCUCGGUCGCCUCCCGGGGGCUCCAGGUCCUCUACACGCUGCGGCAGGAGGACCGAGACCACCAGUCCUCGGCUGAGACCUUGGACGAUGGAUCUGAGGACUACUCUGGUGAGGUUGACGAGGGGGAUCAGCAAGCCAGCCUGGCCGCCGGCAGCAACUCUGUUUGGGGGAGCCGAGUGCCCAAGGUGCCCCCCUCCUGGAUGUCGGUCCUGUACUUCAGCGGGCGCCGGGAGCAGCUGAAAGUGAAGCCGACUGCAGGGGUGGAGCUGCCGAGGGCCAAGUUCAGCCUGGAGCUGUGGGUGAAGCCGGAAGGAGGGCAGAGCAACCCGGCAAUCAUAGCAGGUGUAUUUGACAACUGUUCCCAUUCCUUGAGUGAGAAGGGCUGGUCGGUAGGCAUUCGCACUGUGGAACCCGCAAGUGCCAGGGAUGCACGGUUCUUCUUCACACUGCGUACAGACCGAGCUGUGAAAUCCACCACUGUCUACAGCCACCAGCGGUACCAAGCCAAUGCCUGGACUCACCUGAUGGCCACUUACAACGGCCACAACAUGACCCUGUAUGUUGAUGGAGCUAAGGUGGGAGAGAGCAGUCUCCAGUCAGGGAAUCUCUACAGCCCCUUCAUGAGGACAUGCAGAACCCUCUUCCUUGGUGGUAACCAGUCAGAACAGGGACACAGCUUCCGGGGCCAUGUAGGCGGUGUGGUCUUGUGGGACCAUGCUCGAUUUCAUGAAGACCUGCUGAAGGCGCCGCUGCAAAUCGACAAGAAAGAGCCGGUGCUGGCGCUGUGGGCUGACUUCACUGAUGUAGAAGAGCUGUGGACUCCACAUAAAGCUGGCCUCCAUCCCACCAUUAUCACCAUGCCUGCUCCUGAACAAGAGCUUGUCUCCCCGUUCCUGCCGCCACCAUGUGGCCUGACACCCUGCGACAACACAGACAUCAUCCACGGCUACAAUCACCACUGGCAGCUCCGCGCCCCCAAGCAAGUCCGCUACAGGAUCGUGAACCUGUCCAAUGACGACGGGGAAGAUCCCACUGUGUCACAAGCCCAGAUCAAGGUCCAGCACCAGGCUCUGAUAGAGGCCUUCCGCCCUUACAACAUCACCCUGGAACUCAGCGUGCACACUGUCAACAACUCCUCCCUCCGACAGCGGUUUAUUCUCAGCAACUGCCGGAUUGGGAAGAUUGGCAACCGACAGUGUGACCCUGAGUGUGACCAUCCCAGGACGGGCCACGAUGGAGGUGACUGUCUCCGACUUGGGCCCUGCUAUAACUGGAAGAGACAGGAUGGGGUGUGUAACAUGGAGUGUAACAGUAUACACUACGACUACGAUGAUGGAGACUGCUGCGAUCCCGAUGUCACCGACGUCCUAAAGACCUGCUUUGAUCCUGAGUCACCUGACAGGGCCUACAUGAGCGUGAAGGAGCUGAAAGAGGAGUUGCGUCUGAGCGGCACUGACACGCUUAAUGUUUUCUUUGCCAAUAACUCGGUGCGUGAGGAGCUGGCAGGCGCUGCAACCUGGCCGUGGGCAAAGGAAGCUCUUAGCCACCAAGGCGGGAUGGUGCUGAACCCCUCUUACUUUGGUACGGCCGGUCACAACAACACCAUGAUCCAUGAGAUGGGCCACAUCUUUGGACUGUACCAUGUUUUCAAGGGGGUGAGCGAGCGUGACUCGUGUGAUGACCCGUGUCAGGAGACCACCCCGUCCAUGGAGACAGGUGAUUUGUGUGCCGACACCGCCCCGACACCCAAGUCCAAAGUCUGCCACGACCCUGGAACCGUCAACGACACGUGUGGAGUGACCAUGUACCAGGACACGCCUUACAACAACUAUAUGAGCUAUACAGAUGACAACUGCACCAACCAUUUCACACCCAACCAAGUGGCGCGGAUGCACUGUUACGUUGACCUGGUCUACCAGAACUGGCUGACGGACAGCCAACCUGCUCCCAUCCCUCUGGCUCCCAUAGUGACCAGUCAGAGCUCAGAUUCUGUCUCCAUCUAUUGGCUGCCACCUGUAAGGGGACCGCUUCACCCAAGCUCCACGCUCAACGUAUCAGGUGUGAACUGCCGGGAUUGUGAGAAGGACGGGGUUUUCCACCAGUAUGCCCACGAGGCCACCUCACCUCGCAUUUGUGACACAUCAGGCUACUGGACACCUGAAGAGGCCAUUGGCCCCCCUGAUGUGGAACAGCCCUGUGAGCCCAGUCUCCAGGCGUGGAGUCCUGAGCUCAGCCUGUAUGACACCAACGUGACGUCGCCGUGCCCCGACACAGAGGGCUGCACCCUCACCCUGAAGUUCCUCCACCCUGUCGUUCCACACGCGCUCACCCUUUGGGUCACCUACAUCUCCACUGACAACCCAGUCAUAGCCAACAUAGAGCUGAUAAUGGAGAAGGGCGGGAUCAUUAAUCUCGGACCGCAGCACAUCUUCUGCGACAUGCCCCUCACGCUGCGCCCCGACACCCACAAUGCCGCCGUCUCUGCCAUCAAACUGUGCACCUUUGAUGAGAAGAUGGAGAUCGAUGCCGCCAUGCUGUCUUCAGGCCCUGGCAGCCCUCUGUGCUCCGGCUGCCAACCGCUGCUUUACCAGAUUCACCGGAAACCACCCUUCACCAGCAAAUCCAAACGAGAAGUGUCUCUGCCACCCCAGACCCAGCUGACAUUCACCGACAGCUCUGUAAAGAAAGGGGUCCAGUACCAGUACCUGAUCCAGGUGGAAGCAGACGGUCUCCUCAGCAAUCUCUCCCCCCCUCUCCUCUACACCCAUGGACAAGCCUACUGCGGAGACGGCCUCAUACAGGGGACAGAAGAGUGUGAUGACAGUAAUCUGCUGGACGGCGAUGGCUGCUCGAAGAAAUGCCAUAAGGAGACAGGCUUCAACUGUAAUGGUGAGCCCAGUCAGUGUUAUGUGUUUGACGGUGAUGGUGUGUGUGAGGAGUUUGAGCGGGGCUCCAGCGUUCAGGACUGUGGUUACUUCACGCCGCUGGGCUACACAGACCAGUGGGCGUCGACUGCCAGGGCCUCCCACCAGGACGCCAGCCGAUGCCCCGCACACGCCGCCACCGGGGAGCCGUCUCUCGCCAAGUUGUGCAGGUCCCAGCACCUGGAGGUGAGUGAGAGGCCCCCCGCUGAUGCCUGGUUCCCCUGUACAGCCGAGUCCAACACAUAUAAUGACCUGGAACAUUCAGUUUGGCUCAAGGUGGGAUUUGUCCAUGCUGGAGUGGCAGCCUCGGUGAUAGUGUAUCUGGCUUCAGAUGGGUCAUGGUCUGGGGAGCAGUGUAAGAGGACAGCCACCAUCCUCCUAUCUGACACUACUGGCAAGAAUCACUCACUAGGCACACAUGACCUUUCGUGCCAGCGGAAUCCAUUGGUGGUUAACGUGACCCACGACCUCUCACGACCCUUCUUCCUCACCUCCUCCAUCAUCCUCCUCUUCUCCUCCCCACAUGUGGCGGUGGGAGGCGUGGCUUUGAGGACCUCCUGCCACUUCAGCGCCUUCGCCCUGACCGGCUGUUUGCGGCAGCCGUGUCAGAUGGACAGCUGCGCUCCUCCCCAACUAGAACAUGCGUCUAUCAGGUGUACCGGUGGAGGGGAGGCCUCUCGCUGCUCUGUUCAGUGUCACCGUGGUUUCAGUCUGACCGUCCUCAGUGGCAGGAGAUAUCCUACAUACCAGAAAGAGACAGAACUGGAGUGUGUCCAUGGUUCAUGGGAUCGUGUGGUUAGCUGUCAGCCUGUAGACUGUGGCCUGCCUGAUCAGUCUCAUGUCUACCACGCCAUAUUCAGCUGCCCGUGGGGUACCACCUUUGGCAAGCAGUGCUCCUUUACCUGUGGAUCACCAGCCAUACUACAGGGUGACAGUGACAGGUUGGUGUGUCUCGAGGAUGGUCUGUGGUCUUUUCCCGAGGCCUACUGCAAGAUAGAGUGCCCUGAAGCGCCAGGCAUACCCAAUGCAAAGCUGCUGACAGCUGACUGCCUUGCCAUGGGCCAUGAUAUUGGCACUGUGUGUCGCUACAAAUGCAACCCAGGCUACUAUGUAAAGGGCAGCCUCAACAAGAAGACAAGGAAAAAGUACUUAAAGGUGGAGUGCCUGGGGGGAGGUCAGUGGGAGGAGACCGGCUGUGAGCCUGUAUCCUGCCCAGCCCUUCCUGACGUAUUCCAGGGCAUGUAUACCUGCACCAAUGGCUUGGACUACGAUACCCUCUGCACCCUGCAGUGCCCCAAUGCAACAGAGAAUAAAACAAUCCGCUGCACUAAGGAUGGUGCGUGGACGGACAAGUUCACCAUGUGCCCCAGGCUCAAGGGAUCCUGCUCUGCCCCUCCUCACCUCAACUCAGUGGAGUACAACUGUGACCAGGACAUGGCUGUUGGUGCUGUUUGCUACCCAACAUGCAUUGUAGCUCUGGACAUGGAUCUGCGUGACCCGGUGGCUCUGCCCAAUGGCACCACAGCUGACUCUGUUGAGCACUGGAUGCUGCCCACCAAAGUCCAGAGCAUAGUGUGCACAGGGAUGAUGAGGUGGCACCCCGACCCGCAACACAUCCACUGCAUCCAGUCAUGUGAGCCGUUUGGAGGGGAUGGCUGGUGUGACACUAUCAACAACCGGGCCUACUGCCAGUAUGAUGGAGGAGACUGCUGCCCGUCCACACUUUCCACCAGAAAGGUCAUCCAGUUUGGGGCAGACUGCAAUCAGGAUGAGUGCACUUGCCGCGAUCCGAAUGCCGAGGAGAAUAAGAGCAAAGCCAAGCACUCAGGAGCAGGAGCAGGAGGAGGAGGAGGAGGAAGAGGAGCAGGAGGAAUUCAGUGAGCUGAAGGGGCUUAAACUUGUGUUUAAGAGUGUUGAACCACAGACUACACAAGCUGGAUUUACAUUGCAACUGACCAAAAAAAAAAAAAAAAAAAAAAAA